AAAGAGACAGCCCCCACGCGCGCGCCGAUGCCCGACCCCGGCCCGGCCGCGGCGGCCGCGGCCACGGCGUGCGCGGCCGGGGCCCGCCGGCCGGUGCCGGCCGUGCUGUGGCUGCUGUGGUUCGACGGCUGGACGCAGGCCACCGAGCUGCACCACCGGUGCCUCGAGUCGUGGCAGCUCUUCAACCCUGGGUGGGACGUCCGCGCCAUAUCCCGCGCGGACAUCCCGGGCCUCCUCGGCGAUCUGUUGCCAGAGUACGAGCGCCUCCGGGUGGCGAUGAACCCGCUGGAGAAGUGGGGCGGCUUCUGGAUCCCCCCCGCAGCAGAAGAGCGACCUCCUUCGGCUGCUGCUGCUGGCCCUCUACGGGGGCGUGUGGGCGGAUUCGACGAUGCUCUGCCGGCGCCCCCUGGACGAGUGGCUGCCGGACGCGGCGGCGUCGGGCUUCUUCGCGUACUCCCCGGAGAGCCUCGACGAGGGGCUUCCUGUCAUGAGCUCUUUCUUGGCGUCCACUGCUGCGGUUCACCUGUUGCUGCCUGA